ACGGCAUUGGCUCUUCUUUUCCAGAGACGACUAACACGCGAUGUAGCUAUUUCGGGAUCAUGACGGUCCUUGCGGCGGUGGUCCACUGACUCGAUCAUGGGUUCAAUCGUUCGUUCGUUCACUCGCUCGGCCUCUCGUUUUGCUCGCUCGUUCGCUCGGCCGGUUCGUUCGUUCGCUCCUUCGAAUUUGUCCGUUCGCUCGCUCGCAAAACUGCGGAGGCUUGCGAUUUCUCCUCAGUUGCUGGGCGCGGGCGUGCGCGCGCGCACGCGCAUGACAUGGGCUGUCUCUCUUUUUUUUCUUUUCCUUUUUCACAAAUACAUACAGACAAUACGAGAUAGGCGCACCGCUAUGGGGAUCGCCUACGCACGGACACGAAGGCUGGGCCUGUGCAUGCCAUCGCUUAUGGGAAGAUAGGCGGGCAGCAGUUGUUUCUGUUGGAUGUCCGGGACUCCAGGGCGUCUUAUCCUGUCUUACUCGUGCAUAGCGUAGCGGUUGAUUGAUGUGGAAUCUUUCAUUGGCGUUCCGGCGGCUCGGGAACGAAGUUA